AUGGCUCACCAUAUGACCGGCAUGAUCGACUAUGGGUUGCCAGUUGGAUACAUCAGCCACUGCAAUACUGAAGGAAAAGAAAUCCCUGUCUAUCACUUAUUCCAAGUUUCCCACCCUAGCUUAUUGAUUGCCAGGGAAAUAUUUGUUGCUAAGGGCAAUGUUUACUUUUAUUAUGGACAUUGCGGGAUCACAUUGAGUGAGAUUGGACAGCUUUGGCAAGUAUAUCAGCUCAGUGAAGUGGAAAUGGCAAUGAUUUGCAAAGUGAUCCUCAAGGGCCUCAGAUAUCUUCACAAAGACCUGGACGUCUGCUAUGGUGGUUUUACAGAUGAAAAUAUUUUAACAACUGAAGAGGGCGAUGUGAAGACCAGUAAGAACCAAUCCGGCACAACGCAGGGUUUAGCUGACUUGGUUACAGCCGGUAUUAGCGAAUCUCUCCUAAAGAAGCCUAAAAAUAGCAUACACAGCAAGGCCAAAGACAUUCAGGCUGUCUACAACGCAGCCCGGAGACUGCUUUGGCUUGAGCGACCAGCUAGAGUACGUGACACGAUUGGCCUGCUUGCUGAGGACUUCGCCGGCGCCCCGCCAACAACCGCUGAUGACUUCCUAGAGGUAAGAACCAUUGGAUAAGUUGGCUGUAUUAACUGCUGACCAAAUUUGCAAGCAUCCAUUUCUACAGACAAGUGCGGUGCCAUGGUGCCUUCGCUCUGUUAAUCACCACCCCUCCAACGGCGUCAACCUUGCCAUAACCCCAUCCCUAGGAUGUACCGUCGCACCCUUCCUGAUCUCCAACUUCGCGUUCGGAUCCCUCAGUUCCAUCUCAAACUUGCCCACCAUCGUGGCAACCAGACAAGCCAGCUCAACCUUCGCAAACCCCUGCCCGAUACAACUCCUCGGCCCAUGAAGGAAGGACAACAAAGCGUAGUUAUUACUCGUCCCGCCGGUCUUAUUCGUGCGUCCUGUGUUGGGAUCGAUCCACCGUUCUGGGUUGAAUGUAGCUGCUUCGGGCCCCC